AUGACCCUCGUCUCCGCCCGUGGCGCCAGACGCGUCUUCGUCGCUGGGGAGGCACCUACAGCUACACUUGGCCUGCGCCAGGGCAAGCUCGUGGGCGGCGCGGCGCCCGCCAAGGGCAAGGGCAAGGGCCAGGCAACCCUGGCCGCGCUGCCGCCUGGGCCCCUUCCAGCCCUCACCGCCGCGAAGGCCAACGAGCUCGCCGUCCUCGCCGAGGCCGCGGGCGACUCCGAGGGCUCCUCGCGCUACAGGAGCUUGGCAGCGCGGGCCCCGCCGCCUGCGCCCGCCCCCACGCUCCGCGAUGCCUGGCGCCGUGCCGAGCAGCGCCAGGCGGAGCUCGAGAGCAAGCUCGAGACUCUCCACGGCAAGCUCCGAAGGUGGCGCACCAGCAUGGGCGAGCUCUGCGCCACGAUCCAGGGCACUUCUGCUGAGUUGGAGGCUGCCGACCAAGAGGUGGCGCAGACCUUCUCGGCGGUCCAGGCCCAGGCUCAGCCCGCCACCCAGAGCGCGGCCCCUACGGGCAUCAGCAUCCGCGCGCUGGUGGACGGCCAGAUCGACCUCACCAAGGUUUUCACUGUCGACGACUUCAUGGGCACUUCAGCCCUCGCUAAGGACUACGAACUCGACGAUGCCGACGAGCAAGAACUGUGCAGGCGCAAGGACGCGGCGGCACAGGAAAUCCAGCAGGCAUUGCAGACGCUCUUCCAGGGUGCGGUGGACAAGGCCAAGCAGGCCAUGGGAGAGCACACCCAGCACGUCCAGCGCCUCGAAGGCAAAAAGCGGAGAGUGGCGGAUGAGCAGGAGGCGGCCAACGCCCCGGAGGCCCCGCCGCAGGCGCUGCCCCUCCGUCGGGCGGCCCCGCCAGUGCCGCGGGAGCGCCCUCCGCGGCAGCGGGUGCUAGCCAAGCUACUGCUGCUGCUGCUCAGCCUCCUCGCCCCAACAUCCGCGACCGUAUCCGUCAAGACAAGGUCCUCGGGGCCGCUAGCAAGGACAAGCCUCGCUCCUGACAGCACGGUCGAGGCCGCCACCCAGAGCAGCCCCACCCAGGCCGCCAAGGCCUCGCUCUUCUACGCUAAUAUCACCGAAUGGGGCCCCCAGGCAGAGCGCUGGGUGGCCUCCGCCGGCAAGAACUACCAGCUUCGUGCUCUGGUCGAAUCUCACACUGGAGCUGCCAAGGCCCAGGACACCUUCCUCAAGAUAGGCGCGGAUGACUGGCGCUACUCCAAGUGUGACGCCGUUCCGACCAUGCGUUCGGCUCACGGCACUACCGGCGGCGAGAUGGUCUUGGCCCGCAAGCGCGCGGCCUGCUCCACCUUCGACGGCCUGCGAGAAUACAGCGCCAGCCACCACGAAGCCGACCCUUGCUGCGGUUUCGCGCCCAUGACCUGGCACCGCGCGACAG